AUGGCGACAGAAGCAGACACCAGCGGAUCGGAACUGUUGAACUCCGACAGUCGCCAUCAAUAUCGAUUACAGAAGCAGCCUUACAAACAAAACAGGUGCCACAUGGGUACUGACCAACCCUACCGAAACAACACAAAUGAUGAAAACAAUGACGAUGAAGUAGAGAAACUGAUCUGUGUUGAUGAAUUCGACGACAGUGAUGAUGAGGACAUUCGCAGCUGCAGCACCACCAGCCCCACACCAUCAGACCCAGCCAUCAACAGUAGCCUGUCAUCCCGUCACGCGACAUCUCGCAAUAAGUCCACAAGUCGUGCUCACAAAAAAUACAAGCUGCGAAAGAAGCAGGAGCUUGCCUCUGAAGAUCUGGAUGAAGACGAGCUGCAGAGUCUAAGGCUGAAGGUCAACAGCCGGGAGAGGAAGAGGAUGCAUGAUCUGAACUCGGCGUUGGAUGGUCUGCGUGAGGUGAUGCCCUACGCCCAUGGUCCAUCUGUCCGCAAACUCAGCAAAAUUGCAACUCUUCUGUUGGCGAAAAAUUAUAUUCUUAUGCUGAACUCUUCUUUGGAGGAGAUGAAAAAACUAGUAAGCGACAUCUAUCACAACCACGGCCCGACACAAGCGGGAGUCCAGGCUCCUAUCUGCCAUACAUUAGGUUCCCAAACGGAGCUCUCAAACAAUGGAACACUAAGAGGCUCUAUCAACAACAGACCGCAUAUAAAACCUUCCACAGAAAGAAUGUCUGGAAGUCACAAUAGUGGUUCUCAAGCUGCACCAAAUAAACAAACUGAUAUGCCUACAAACAUUGCCUACGCGCCCACAACUAUGCCAAUGGUUCAUUUCACACAUCAUCAUGCGCCAAUUCCUUCAGUCAUGCCACUAUCCAUCGCCGGCAUUAGAACACCGACUCACGGACUUCCUCCACGCGAGGUGAGCUCUCUUGUUUCUCCCUAUCUUCUUCCCAAAUCGGAACCCAGCGGUGUUGUGGGAAUCUCUUCAGGCUUCACUUCCAGGGAAUGCACUCGACAUUUACACCCAUGGGGGAUGCCUUGUACCUGCGUACGCUGUUUGUCCAGCUCGGGGAACUUACAGCUGAGUUUACAACUGAGUCGUUUAUCACAUCCCAUGGCUGCAUCUUCCCCCGGGCUACACCACAAAAACUGA